UUUCCCCCACACAGCAGCUGUUGCCGCCAAAGCGAGACGAGUUCUCUAGCAGGGGGAAUCCGCGCUCAGUUGACGCCGAGCGAAAGUCUGGCAGGACGUUCUCAACCGAAACUGACAUCAACAAACCAUUGUAUAUCAAGUCAUACGUAUUUAGCGCUCAAUGAUCGGUAACACCAAGAACAUGACAGAGGGUGUAGCGGAGGAGAGGCGGCAGAUAUUGGAUUCGCCACGACCCCCUCGGUCCAACGGGACACACGAAUGAGGAGGACCAGUCGGGACAGGAGGACAUGGCGUUCUGUAUGAUGCUGAUGAGGAAGAAGGUCCACUAUUUCCCUGUCUUCACCUGGCUCUUCAUCAUCGUUUCCUUCUUCAUCUGCUAUGGUAUAGCAGUCGCCCAUGGUCACGUGGAGCCAGAUUUCCCCUACAUCAGUGGUUGUCGUUGCAGCUAUACCGCCAUCAAGACGCCAGAGAGAUGCUACUUCAGCCAACUGAUCAACUUCGGGGCGUGUCUGUUGGCCGGGAAUGUAUUCAUUAGAUACCUACAGAUGAAGGAAGUCUUUGCUAAACACAACAACACUGACAGGUCUCACCGCCGUCUCAACAUAGCCUGUCUUGUAGUGGGCUUCCUGUCAGCGCUAGGCUUCAGCAUGGUGGCCAACUUCCAGACCCAGGUAAUGCGGCCGCUGCACUACACGGGGGCAGGACUGGCGUUUGUCUUCGGGAUGUGUUACUGCUGGAUGUCGUCGGCGCUCACGUGGAAACAACGCAGUCUCAUGAACAACACCUACGUGGCCGUCUUACAGCUCAUCAACAGCGCCGUACUCUCGGUCUUCCUCGUCGUCUUCGGCGUCUCAAAGGCAAUUUAUAAGUACAGGGAAACACAUGGCAUGGGAACAAAGUGGGACACUCUAAAGACUGUGUAUCUGCUGUCCACCAUAACGGAAUGGCUGACGGCAACCUUCAUCGUCACCUUCGUCCUCACCUACUACCCAGACUUCAAGAAGAUUAGGUUCUACGGGCCGAGAGUGAAAUUCAAUACAGAUGUUUAUGCACGAUCAGCUGACAGUAACGGAUCCGCUCAUGUCAACCACGACAAUUUAAUACAGAAGAACGAGGACACGGUUUGAGGACGACGACUAACUCCAGGGACACGAGGACAGUGUGAGAGGGGACAUGAGGA